AUGCCGUCCUACUCACUGGAUGUUAGGAGAAUUAAUGAGCUAACGUCUGAAAAGGCCUAUGAGUUCCUGUGGGACAAGAGCGCAGCUGCACGCGCAGGACGCCCCGUCGAGUCCUGGGCCCCUUCUCCCUCUCCGCCAGAGCACACCGCACCUGAACCCCACCCUGGGCGCCCCAUUGUUCUCCCUCUGCUUUCCUUCCCGGAGGAGGCCACCCCGUGUCCUUCCAUAGAAUUAGAGGGCCAGGAAACAGCUGUGGGCCCGAGAGAUGGAGGGGGUGUGGGUGAACACCAGGAAGACCUGGAUUCCACUUUGCCCACAGGUACGAGGGAGCUGGGGCAAAGUAAGAGCAACUUAGUUUCGUGCCCUCUACUCUCCUACCCACCCUCGAAGCAACUGCGGCGUCUCGACCACCCCGCGCGACCUCCAACGUGCGCGGUUCUCAACGCAACACCGCCUCGCCCCGAGAAGAGAGAGAACACAGAUUUCCACCCCCCCGCCCCGACCCGUGUCCCCUCAGGUUGCGGCGGGGCCACGGGGACCCUGGGCACAAAAGACCGAGCGGGCAGAGAAGGGGAGAGAGGAAAAGCUCUAGAGCUACCUCUCCAGGCGCCACUCCGCCUCCUCGUCGUCCUCCCACUCCGGCGACGCUUCGGGACGCCGGCUCUCCGCGAGGCUGAGGGGCUCCGCACCGCUGCUCGGUGGACAACACUGCUGGCGGACGCUACCCCGCUGCUGCCGGUCCCUCGCGCUCGCGCUCUCACACCGCCUCCACGCGCCGCCGACCGGCUCCCGUGCGCGCCCGGCUGCAGAGUGCGCGGCAGCUGCGGAGCGCUGCUCUGCGGCUGGAGGCGCCCGGCCACUCCCCUCUCCCCCGCCGGCGGAGGGGCCGGCCGAGGGGCGGGGGCGGCGACCUCGCAGCCUGGGAUUCGCCCCUGAGCGCAACUGCAGGACCGGGAGCCACCGCCUCCCGGCCGACUCACCUCCGGCCGCCGGGUGCUGGCUGCACAGCGCCCCCAGGUUGUGAAAGGAGCUACAGCUUUCACCUGGCCCUCUCUUGGAACAGUCAUCCUUGGAAUUCAGCAGCCAUGCUAGGAGGAAGCUCAAGCUACGUGGAAGAUCAUGUAUAUGUAUUCCAGCUGAUGAUACCAGCUGAGGAUCCAGUCUACAACCAGAUGAACUCCAGACAUGUGAAAGAGAUGCUGGUACUGCAGAGAGCAUGCGAUGCUAUUCCUACCUUAAAGAGUUUCUGAUCAUCAGAGAAUAAUCAGAGUUAUCAGCUCAGUGGUUCAUGUCUCUUCUAAAGCUCCUUAAGAAGAUGAGAACACAGGUUCAGCGAGGCUAAAUAGCUUGUCCAAGGUCAUGCAGCCAGCAAAUGGUAAGUCUGGAAUUUGAACUUGAGAUGUUUAAAUCCAAAAUCUAAGUUUUUAACCACCACACCAUACUGCCUCCCUAAAAUAUAAUAUAGAAAUAAUAGUGUAUGUUAUUUUUAUUAAAAUAAUGAAAAUAUUGUUAAAUAUAAAUAGUGGAAAUAUUUGAGAGCACAGAGGAAAUAGUUGGCCAACUGCCAGAGGGAAAAAGGAGAGCUUCAGUGAGGAGGUGACAUUUGAAUUAAUCAAUAGAACUAUUCUUAUGGAUUGGUCAUGGAUUAGAUUCAAAGGCACAUUUUGUUUGGUUUCCCACCCCACCCAGCUACCAGAAACCUAAUUUUCAACUUUUUCUAACUGCAAUACAAUUUCAAAAUUCUUUCAUCAGUGUACUAUAUUUGGUCACUGAAUAUGUUUAGUCACGGAAACUCUCAAAUUCCACCAGAUCCCCUUUUUAGGAGAAAGCAAAAACCACACACACACACACACACACACACACACACACCCUAGUAUAUCAGGGUUUUCUUUAAAUAACAAACUCCAAUCCAUCAUGAUACAUUUUUACAAUGCAGAAGUAGUGAUAUACACCAAAGUGUCAGCAUCGAUUACUUCUAAUUUUCCAGGUUCUGAGUUUAUGGGUGCAAUUUGUUUACUUCUAAAUGUUGCAAGUUCUAUCAAAUAAGUAUUUGUCAUUUUGGCAAUCAGUUUAUACGUGUAUUUAAAAUAGCAGCAAUAUAGCCUCCUAGCUGCUAUCCUAAAGUCAAAGUUAAUGCAUGUACAAUUCAUGCUGCUACAUUUUGUCCACAUCUCCAAUAACAAGUCCUUAAUGACAAGGGCUGCAUCCCCAGGAAGAAACGGAAGGAGUCUUUGCACAUGGUGGGUGUUUGGCAAAUUCUUGCUAUCUCUUAAUGUGAAAAAUGAAUACUCGGGGGAACUUUUACAACUUACAAAUGAAGUCAGGGCUGAGAGACUCAUGAUUCUCUGGCCAAUAACAUGGAAAAAAAAUAAUCAUGCACAUCCUAUUCCAUCCUGUUCUCUCAAAAAUUCCAUCCUGUUAUGUAUAAGGUGCUCAGUAGGAAGAAAAGAGGGCAGGGAGGGGCUACAAUCCAGCCUUAAAAAUCUUGCAGUUCAGCUGUAGAGACCAGACAUUAAUGCAGGAAAAGAUCACUAGCAAACCUGUAAAGAAUAUGCAUCUCUGUUCAUAAACCCAAGUGUGUGAGAAAUGUGAGUUUUAUUUCUCAGUAAAUAAAAAAGUUACUUUUUUUUUUUUCUGCACACACAACAUGUGGAAGUUUCCGGGCCAGGGAUCAAAACUGAGCCACAGCAGUGAAGCCCUAACCAACCACUAGGUCACCAGGUAAACUCCCUCCAUUUCCUUAAUAUAGAAAAUAAUGAAUGUCUAAAAUUGAUAUAAGGUUCAGUUUCUUCCAAGAGGCAAAAACAUAAUCUUAGACAAUUCAAAGAUCCUUUCUCCUCAUCCAUAGUAUCAGCUCUAAGUUUAAGGAGUGCAAAUGAUGGGAGGAAGAAUGGAGAUCAGGCAGGUGCCCAAGAUGACAUCACUGAGAUCUAUUGUCUUAUCUGGCCCUUGGAGAUUGGGCUGCCAGAUGGCUGCUUAGAUGGACCUUGGUGCUACUCAAAAGCCCCCUUAAGAUCGGUGACUGUCCUUGCUACCAAAGCUCUCCUUGAAGCCCCUGCAUGUCAGAGAUGGGGGGCUGUGCAAAGGCUUUUGGCUCCUCGUGAGCAUACUAGAAUCAUUUCCUAGAGCUGCAUCCAGUUAGGCUGGGGGCUCUCUGUGUGGCGGCCUCAACCCGGUGAAUUGAGACAAACUCCAUAGCCAUUUCUGUUCUGACAUCUUGAAGCUUCCUUAAGCUCUCCUACAAUGAGGGGCGGUUACUCCCACGUACCUGGGAUUUCUCUUGUCUCAUAUCCAGCAGUUGGAUGAGGGGUGGGGACAAGAUGUCUUUUUUUCCAGGAGCAAACUAGCAGCUCAUGUAUUCUGUAUCCCCUCUCAGGGAACAUUUCUUGACCCAUUACACAAUCCUUUGGGGUGGAGAAUCUUGUUCUGGCAUCAUUCUCUCAAAUCCAUUACCUUGUUCCCUGUGGAGUGUGUUCAUUUGAACUCAGGAAAAUACUUCUCUUUUGUUUGAGUCAGUGGAUGGCUCAUACUCUGGCUGCAAAAUGGGAGAAGAUCUGGAGGGUUGCAAGAAAACAUAUGAAAAAAAUCCUGAGUUAAUAGGUCAAAGUAUCUUGCUACCAAUUGAUAAUAAAGGAAGAGAUGGGCUGGUCUAUUCCUGAAUCUGGCCUGGGGCCGGCUGGGGAUGUGUUUGAAAAAUGAGCCUUCUCUUUACCCAGUCAUGCAGUCCAUACUCAAGGAUGUGCAGGGGUUGUUUUGCACAUGACACCCUCCCUUGGUGGACAGGCACAUAGGAUGCUGGAACUUCCACAAUGGCCAGGCAGGAGGAGAGACCAGAAUAGAGUAAAGUUUCAUGUUUUGGAAAAGGGCCCAUCUUGCCCUGUCACCACCCUCCUUCUAUAGAAAAAACCCCAGGGAAGACUUCUGGGUAUGAGACCUCCAUGCUGUGUUGCCUCCUGUUUUGUAUCACUAUUCCCUUCAUGUUUGUGUCUUUUUUGCUAUCAGUCAUGACAGCUGGUGUCAUUCACUCAUCAUGACAUACAUGCAAAUGUCACAAAGGUGUAAAGUAUAAUAAACACAUAUUAUAAAUACGGAUACUGUUAUGCUUAGCAGGCCCAACCAAUGACUUUGAGCAAGUCACUUAAGCUCUUUAUUUAUCCACUCAUUUAACAAAUAUUAAAAAUAUUAUCUUUAUUUAUUUAAAACAUUAAAAUGUUUCUUAUUUCCUUUUUUGGCUGCACCCGAGGUAUGUGUAAGUUCCCAGGCUACAGAUCAUAUCUGUGCCACAGCAGCUACCCAAGCGACAACUCUGGAUUCUUAAACCGCUGCACCGUAAGAAAACGCCUUUAUUUAUUUAUUUUUGAAGUAUAAUUAAUUUACAAAGUUGUAUCAGUUUCAGGUGUACAGGA